CACAGUAAUGGCCUCUAGCGGUGUCUGCAGGACGUGCAGCGGCUGCUCGCCACUUCUCGUCGGCUACGGGAUCCAUAUGCUUGCGAAAGCAACGCUUAACAAAGCAAUGGGAACUUCACCAAGUGUGCAGCUCAGAGUCUGAACCACAGCCGCAGCCAAACGCGUGUCAACGGAACUACUAACAUCACCCACCUUCCCGGGAAGUGGAAAGCUUGUCAACUCGGGGAAAAGGGAGCAAUGGACCCGAGAGACACAGCCCCAGAUUCGUGGGAGCUGGAGGAGGAUGCCGAGGCCCCGGUUGCCGCGGCGGAGCUCCCGGCCGCCCUCGCCGCACUCAACGUCAACGCGAAGCCGUUUGUCCCGAACGUAAACGCCGCGGUGUUUGUCCCGAGCUUCGUUCCAACCAGCCCCGUGGACGUGCCGGCUUCAGACGGUGCCCCUGGUCCAGUUGCCAGCAUGGAGGUGGCGGAAACAGCCGCGCCGGUGGAGAACGGAGGCACGGAGGCGGACAUGACCGCAGAGGAAGAGACAUGGGAGCAGAAGGAGGAGCCGGGGGGAGGAGGAGGAGGAGGAGGAGGAGGCGGCGGAGGACAGGAGGACCUGGGCUCAGGGGGAACCUGCGAGGAGGGUGCCGCGAGGAACGAGGAAGAGGAGAUGAUGGAGGAGGAAGAGGAGGAGAUGCCCAUGCCCAAAGUGGCUCCGGCACCGCCAGAUGCCCCCAAGAAAGAACACGUGAACGUGGUCUUCAUCGGUCACGUCGAUGCUGGUAAAUCAACUAUUGGAGGACAGAUCAUGUACUUAACCGGAAUGGUGGAAAAGCGAACCCUGGAAAAAUAUGAAAGAGAGGCGAAAGAAAAGAACAGGGAGACAUGGUAUCUGUCGUGGGCUCUGGACACAAACCAGGAGGAGAGAGACAAGGGGAAGACGGUUGAGGUCGGGAGAGCUUACUUUGAGACGGAGAAAAAACACUUCACUAUCCUGGAUGCCCCCGGACACAAGAGCUUUGUCCCCAACAUGAUUGGUGGAGCGUCACAAGCUGACCUGGCAGUCCUGGUGAUUUCAGCGAGAAAGGGGGAGUUUGAGACCGGCUUUGAGAAGGGUGGACAGACACGGGAACAUGCCAUGCUGGCUAAAACCGCAGGAGUCAAGCAUCUCAUUGUCCUGGUCAACAAGAUGGAUGAUCCCACCGUCAACUGGAGCCUAGAGAGGUAUGAGGAGUGUAAGGAGAAGCUGGUUCCGUUUCUAAAGAAGGUGGGCUUCAACCCCAAGAAGGACAUCUACUUUAUGCCUUGCUCCGGACUCACAGGUGCCAACCUCAAAGACCCCCUACCCGAGUGCCUCUGGUACACGGGUUUGCCAUUUAUCUCCCAUCUGGACAGUUUGCCAAACUUCACCAGAUCCAACGAUGGACCCGUUAGACUACCUAUUGUAGACAAGUACAAGGAUAUGGGCACAGUUAUCCUCGGGAAGCUGGAGUCCGGCUGCAUCAGUAAAGCCCAGCAGCUGGUCAUGAUGCCAAACAGGCACACAGUGGAAGUAUUGAGCCUGCUGAGCGACGAUGUGGAGACAGACGAUGCAACUCCCGGAGAGAAUCUGAAGCUGAGGCUGAAGGGCAUCGAGGAGGAAGAAAUCCUCCCAGGUUUCAUCCUCUGUAGCCCCGACAACCUCUGCCACUCCGGUCGCACCUUUGACGCACAGAUCGUCAUCAUUGAGCACAAAUCAAUCAUUUGUCCCGGUUACAAUGCAGUCCUUCACAUCCACACCUGCAUCGAAGAAGUGCAGAUCUCAGCCUUAAUCUGUCUGGUGGACAAGAAGUCGGGGGAGAAAAGCAAAACACGACCACGCUUUGUGAAGCAGGACCAGGUGUGUAUCGCCAGGCUCCGGGCAGCUGGAGUCAUCUGCCUAGAGACCUUCAAAGACUUCCCUCAGAUGGGACGGUUCACACUGCGAGAUGAAGGCAAAACUAUCGCCAUCGGCAAAGUGCUGAAGCUGGUGCCAGAAAAGGACUAAAUGCAUCAGUGGCAGCAUGUAUGGAGUUCUUCCACCCGUAACCAGAGGAGAAACGCUGCUCGAGCCGACCCAAACAGCAACUCUCUUAACACACAACUAUGCUGAACAGAAGUGCAAUGACAACAAGGAGUGAUAAAGGAGACUAAAAUUGCGUCAAAUGAAGAAAAACGAGACUGAAUCAGUUUUUAUGAUGAACAAUAUAAAAUGAGAGACCAAGUCCAGUGUGUCAGCUUUCUCAUAUUGAGAGCUCAGCUAUGCCACUAAUGUAGCUACAUGCCCCCCCCUUCUGUACUCCCACGGCUAACCGCGCAGUCGGCUCGCCACACCAUUUGUUUUUAGAAUGGAGAUGGAUGCAGUGUUACUGAGUUUGGGGAUGAAAAACUACAGAAAGAUUUCAUAUCCUGCAAAAGACCACAGUUAGCCUGUAAUUAUAAUUUGCAAAACACAUCUCCCCUUUUCAGAGCGGGAUUAAGAAUCAAACGGACAUUUUUAUUUGGUUUUAAGGAUUGCUGUACCCAAAUUUUUGAGAUGGUUUAAUUGGAUUGAGCUCACAUACUACUCUGAUGAACCAUGGAAAUACGCAGUCACACACAGCUGUUACAUAAUCUAAAUGAAAAUAAAUGAACAAAGCUGCAUCAGAAAA